GAAACUGGAGCCUGAAGUGAGGUUAGUUAGUAAACGUGUUUUCGUAAGUUUGAUAUUAAAUUUUUGUACCUAUACUACUUAUAGUAUUGUAUUUACUGAUAAAUUACGAUACACAAAAUGGCAUUACGUAUACAGUUUGAAAAUAACAAUGAAAUCGGCGUAUUUGCCAAAUUAACUAAUGCAUAUUGUUUAGUAGGGAUUGGUGGCUCAGAGAACUUCUACAGCACUUUUGAGGGCGAGUUAGGUGAAACUAUACCCGUGGUACACAGUUCACUAGCAGGAUGCCGCAUCAUAGGCAGAAUGUGUGUUGGAAAUAAAAAUGGACUUCUUGUGCCUAAUUCGACUUUUGACACAGAACUACAACAUAUAAGGAAUGCCCUUCCAGAUUCCGUGAAAGUGCAGAGAGUUGAAGAAAGACUGUCGGCACUGGGAAACGUAAUUGCCUGCAACGAUUAUGUUGCAUUGGUACAUCCCGACUUGGAUAGAGAAACGGAGGAAAUAAUAGCGGACACAUUAAAAGUAGAAGUUUUUAGGCAAACGAUAGCCAGUAACGUGCUAGUAGGAUCAUACUGUGUUCUUAGCAACCAGGGCGGUUUAGUUCAUCCAAAUACCAGUAUUGUUGAUCAAGAAGAAUUAUCGUCCUUGCUUCAAGUACCACUUGUGGCAGGCACUGUAAAUAGAGGAAGUGAGGUAGUGGGUGCAGGGUUAGUUGUAAACGAUUGGUGUGCAUUCGCCGGGAUGGACACGACUUCAACAGAACUCACCGUUAUAGAAUCCGUGUUUAGAUUGAAUGAAGCCGCACCAUCUAACAUUACCUCUGACAUGCGAGCAAGUCUUAUUGAAAGCAUGUCGUGAAAUGGUAAAAUAUCGCGCAAGGUUAAGGAUCAGUUACUAAAUGUAUAAAAGUAAAUAUUGAAUUUGCAAGUUAAUAUUAACUUAAAGUCUAAAUAUAGAUUUAUAAUUGCACAUUUAGGCCAAUUAAUAUAUUACUGUAGUUAUGUUCUUUAUCUAUGACUUUUGUACAAAAAAUUACAUCCUAUUGUAUUAAAAAUAGGACGCUAAGAAUUCCGAAUUCAACUAACAAACUUAAAUGUUACUAAGAACAUAUUUUUUGAUAAAUAAAGUACUUGUGAGUAAA